GGAAGCGGGGCACAAGAGCCCAUCUCCAAAGAGGAGGUUUCGCCGUCCGCCGCCAGCCCUUUAAACAAAGGCUUGGAGGGUUUGCUCAGCGAGCGCCUCUGCCUGCUUCUCUGUUUUUGAGGAUAAUCUGUGCAUUUUUGGAAGCUGCAGAUAGUUUUGGUUUUGUUUGUUUUUGGGAUCCAGCUCCAAAGUGUCACCGAAACAACAUGGAACAGAUCUGUGGAUUGCAAUGCCCGGCGGCAGGGAGCUUCUAACUCGGACCUACAGGCUGACUGGAUCUGGAAGUAGUCAGUGGGGCUGAUCAUCCCACCUUGGGAAGGUGGUUUUUGCUGUGUGCAUGAUAAAAGCUACUAUCCAGUGCGUUGUUGUCAUUCCAAUGGAGAAUGGCACCCAUCACACCUGUGUGGCAACAAGCAUUCAGUCAAUAUCACUGGAAUAUGCUCCUUAAGGUGAGCCGGGCUUCCUGACUUUCAUUGCAUGGAUUCCACUUAAUUUGGCUUUGCAAAGUGCAGAGCUGUAAUGGGGAAUCACAGCAACAACCAUACAUGCAUGACGGAUGAUUCCUUCAAGUACAACCUCUAUGGAGCUGUCUACAGCAUGGUGUUCAUCCUUGGCUUGAUCACCAACUGUGCUUCCUUGUUCGUAUUCUGCUGCCGCAUCAAUAUGCGAUCUGAGACCACCAUUUUCAUGACCAACCUGGUGGUCUCUGACUUACUCUUCGUCUUCACUCUUCCAUUCAAGAUCUUCUACAACUUCAACAGGCACUGGCCCUUUGGAGACCUUUUGUGCAGGAUCUCAGGGACAGCCUUCCUGACCAACAUCUACGGGAGUAUGCUGUUCCUCACAUGCAUCAGUGUUGACCGCUUCCUCGCCAUUGUAUACCCGUUCCGAUCCCGCACCAUUAGGACAAGGAAGAAUACAGUCAUCGUGUGCAUGGGUGUGUGGAUUCUCGUCCUCAGCGGAGGGAUCUCAGCAUCCUUGUUCUCCACCACCAACACUUACAACAGUAGUACAACGUGUUUUGAAGGCUUUUCCAAAAGCAUAUGGAAAACCUACUUGUCCAAAAUUACAAUAUUUAUUGAAGUGGUUGGCUUUCUUAUUCCCUUGCUGCUCAACCUCAUUUGUUCAUCACUGGUCCUGAGGACCCUCCGGAAACCUGCCACGCUUUCCCAGAUUGGCACGAACAAAGAGAAAGUGCUCAAGAUGAUUGUUGUACAUUUGGCCAUCUUCCUGGUGUGUUUUGUACCUUACAACUCCAUCCUUUUCUUGUAUGCCCUUGUGCGUUCUCAGGCCAUAGCAAAUUGUUUCUUGGAGAGAUUUGCGAGGACAUUCUAUCCAAUCACGCUGUGCAUCGCCACUCUGAACUGCUGCUUUGACCCUUUCAUCUACUACUUCACGUCAGAGUCUUUCCAGAAAUCUUUCUACAUAACCCCCCACCUCAAAACUGACUCUCUUUUCAAAACUGAAACUCCCUUAACAAAGAUUGCCCUACCGGUGAUGCAGGAUGAGAUGAGCGACCAAGCCAUUACAAAGGGGGGAGAGCUAACAUCAGAAUCAAAUUUCUGAUUCUGAGGCUUUUGCACUGACAGGAGGCUGAGAAUUGAACUUCAGAGAAAACUACAUAACUCACUGUCUGGGAGAAGGGAAUGGGGAUGAGAGAUGAGAACCACAGGGAAGUGUUUUAUAUAUGUGUGUAUACAUAUGUAUGCAGCCAGUUGGGUGCUCAUCCUGCCUUCGGAAACCUUCUCAUCAUAUCUUAACUCAAAUAACACUGUCCUUUUGUAUGUUUUGCUUUUGAAGCUAUGAAAUAAUAAAAUAUUUCACUUUGCCUUGG